UUUUUUUUGUAUUUUGGAUGAUGGUAAUUUGAUAUUGUUAGCGUCAAUCAAAGGGAUAAAAUGAGCCAAAAAAAAACAGGAAAUACAGCUACUUAUCUUUUGACAAAGCAGACUGAUCAACUUCCUGACAUAAAUCGUGUCAAGGUUGUCAUAGUUGGAGUUGAUGUUGCUGUUACAAUUGCAAUUUUAUUUAAGCGCCUUGCUACGGAGCUGGUGCUGAUAGACACGAAUGAGAAACUUGCUAAGGAAACUGCUGAAGAUAUAAGUCACGCGGGUGGUUGUCUUGGUAAUCCAAAGAUCGUUGGGACCAAAGAUUACAGUGCAGCUAGAGAUGCAGCUGUUUGCGUCAUCACCACAGGUGGUAAACAACAUGAUGAUCAACAACAAUCAACAUUGUUAAAUCAAAAUUUUGAUUUAUUUAAAUAUAUUAUUCCAAAUGUUUGUAAAUAUGCACCAAAUUGUAUAUUAAUUAUCGUUUCAAAACCAGUUGAUAUUUUAUCAUUUGCUGCUAUGAAAUUAUCUGGAUUUCCUCCAAAUCGUGUAAUUGGACUUGGCACAUUUUUAGACAGCUGUAAAUUUCAAUAUUAUAUUUCUGAACAACUUGGUGUUUCACCAAGUUCAAUUCAAGCUUUGGUUAUUGGUGAAAAUUCUUCCAAUUCAGUGCCAGUAUGGUCUGCGGUCUCAUUAAUGGGAGUUAAAUUGAAAGAUAUAAAUAAAGAUAUUGGUAAUAAAAUUGAUCCCGAAGGUUGGAAUAUUAUUCAUGAUAAAGUAAUUAAUAUCGAUGAUGAAUUAAUUAAAAACAAGGGAUAUCCAAGUUGGGGUGUUGGUAUUUGUGUUGGUGAAAUUGUUGAUGCUGUUAUUCGUAAUACUUGUGUAUGCAUGACAGUGUCAACUUAUAUUAAGGGAUGUAAGCAUGGUUAUGAAAAAGAUAUUUUCAUGUCAUUGCCAUGUAUUAUUGGUAAAAAUGGUGUUCAAUCAAAAAUACGUCAUCCAUACACUGAUGAAGAACAAUCGAAAUUAAUUAAAUCAAGUAAAUCAAUUUAUGAACUUCAAAAAACAAUAUUAGAUCAACUUGAAUAAUUUAUA